AAACAAACCCUUCAAUCCCCUCCCCAGAGCAUGACAUGGGCCAGCAUCGGCUUCUUCCUCCUCAGCGGCGGCGCGCUCUACGCCUACUUCGAAUACGAGAAGCGCAAACUCGCCGAACGUCGCGAGGCCGCCAAAAACGAAGGUGCGGGCAAACCGCUCGUGGGCGGGCCCUUUUCGCUGGUGGACCACGACGGCCGGCCGGUGACGGAUCUGGACUACCGGGGCAAAUUCAUGCUGGUGUAUUUCGGGUACACGUUCUGCCCGGAUGUGUGUCCCGAGGAGUUGGAGAAGAUGGCUGAGGUGACGGAUACGUUGACCAACAAGUACGGCUAUUCGCAAGAAACCAUCGUCCCCAUCUUCAUCUCCUGCGACCCCAAACGCGACUCAAUAGCAGCCAUCAAAGAAUACGUCCGAGACUUCCACCCCAAAUUCGUCGGCUUAAUCGGCACGCACGCCCAAAUCAAGCGCGUCGCAAAAACCUACCGGCUCUACUUCAGCGCGCCGCCCAAAGCCGUCGACGACGACGAGGCCGACUACCUCGUCGACCACUCCAUCUUCUUUUACCUGAUGGAUCCCGAGGGAAGGUAUGUCGCGCAUUUCGGGCGCACGGAUACAAGUGAGGAGGUGACGGCGAGGAUCAUACAGCAGAUUGAGGCGAGGGAGGCGAAGAAGUAGGUAGAGGGGGCGCAGUGUAGAUGCAGGCGGGUAGUAUCAGUCAAUCCCGAAUGGUGCGUACGCUGGGUUGCCUUUUUCAAAUUAGAGUAGCAGCAAGGUGUAACCAUACGUUCACACACCGGUACAUCCAUCCUGCCGCCCCAUAAUCUACACCAACCAGGUCCGUCCCACCCCUUCCAUCUCGCCAUCCCUCGCUUCACAUACACCUAUUCACCCCACGACGCCGCCUACUCAAAGAACACCCCCCUCUUCUCGCCCAAAAUCAAGGCAUCGACGCCCUCCCAGAACUUGUUGACGGCGGUGUAGUCGUUAUGGCGUGUGUUGCGGUUGACCUGCCGAAAAAAAAAAAGAGACAAACAAUCCCACGCAGUGAAUAUGACUGACA